AUGCCUACCACCACCACCGAUACCCUCUCCCUCGUUACAACAACCGUUACUGUCGCUCCCUUAGUUCUCCUCUCAGUGGCAGACCACUAUGGACGUUCUGCAAAGGGGACCAGAAAGCGGGUGGUUGGUGUGUUACUAGGACAAAAUGAUGGGAAGACGGUCCGCGUAUCCAACAGUUUUGCAGUGCCCUUCGAGGAAGAUGACAAGGAUCCCACCGUCUGGUUCCUAGACCAUAACUUUGUCGAGUCGAUGAAUGAUAUGUUCAAAAAGAUCAACGCCCGCGAGAAGCUAAUUGGAUGGUAUCACUCCGGCCCCAAGCUGAGAGCGUCGGAUCUAGAGAUCAACGAGCUUUUUAAACGAUACAACCCAAACCCUCUGCUGGUCAUUAUCGACGUACAACCAAAGGAAGUUGGCGUGCCUACUGAUGCAUACUUUGCCGUCGAAGAGAUCAAAGAUGACGGAACAACAACGUCCAAAACUUUCGUUCAUACUCCCUCGAUAAUAGAAGCCGAAGAGGCUGAGGAGAUAGGUGUAGAGCACCUUCUACGAGACAUUAGAGAUGUUGCAGUCGGCACUUUAUCCACCAGAAUAACAUCACAACUCCAAUCCCUACAAGGUCUUCAUCUGAGACUUCGAGACAUUGGUCAGUACCUUCAGAAAGUACUAGACAGAGACCUCCCCGUCAACCACGCCAUCCUCGGUCACCUCCAAGAUGUAUUCAACCUUCUACCAAACCUCGCCACAGCUAAGCCGGGCACACCGGCCGGCGCCAAUGGCGCGGAUCAGCAAAUUGAGAAUACUGAGCUUACACGCGCCAUGAACAUCAAGACAAACGACCAGCUCAUGUCCAUCUACAUUAGUAGUUUGAUCAGAGCCAUAACAGCCUUCCACGAUUUGAUAGAAAAUAAGAUCCAGAACCGUCAGCAGCAGGAAGAGAGAGAAGCUAAGAAGGAUGAUGUCAAGGAUGAGAAGGCUGGUGCUAAUUCCAAUAAUGAAAAUAAGAAACAGGGCUCUGCACCUGGUGCAGAAUCCAAGGAUGAAUCAGGUUCAAACGACAAGGGGAAAAAGAAGUGA